AUGCGGGCAGCGGGCUGGGUGCGAUGCCAGCCGCCCCGGGGCCUGUUCAGCUCCUCACGAGACCGUGGCCUCAUCGGGGGGGCGGGGGCUGGGCACCUCAAGGAUCCCACAUCCACCUCCCAGCUCAGGCUGGGGACCAAAGGCCCAAGUGGUGUGUCCAAUCUGGAUCCCAAGUCCUCAUUUGAGGGCACCAAACUGGACGUGGGAAACAUUGUGCUGGCGUUGUACAGUGGCCUCUUUGCCUACGGGGGAUGGAAUUACUUGAAUUUCGUCACGGAGGAGAUGAUCAAUCCCUACAGAAACCUGCCCCUGGCUAUCAUCAUCUCCCUCCCCAUCGUCACCCUGGUGUAUGUGCUGACGAACCUGGCCUACUUCACCACAUUGUCCACGGAGCAGAUGCUGACGUCAGAGGCUGUGGCCGUGGACUUCGGGACCUAUCACCUGGGCGUCAUGUCCUGGAUCAUCCCCGUCUUCGUGGGCCUGUCCUGCUUCGGCUCUGUCAAUGGGUCCCUCUUCACGUCUUCCAGGCUGUUCUUCGUGGGGUCCAGGGAGGGCCACCUGCCUUCCGUCCUCUCCAUGAUCCACCCACGGCUCCUGACGCCCAUGCCCUCCCUCGUGUUUACGUGCAUCAUGACCCUCCUGUACGCCUUCUCUAGAGACAUUUUCUCCGUCAUCAACUUCUUCAGCUUCUUCAACUGGCUCUGCGUGGCCCUGGCCAUCAUCGGCAUGCUGUGGCUUCGCUACAAGAAGCCCGAGCUGGAGCGGCCCAUCAAGGUGAACCUGGCCCUCCCAGUGUUCUUCAUCCUGGCCUGCCUGUUCCUGAUCGCCGUGUCCUUCUGGAAGACCCCCGUGGAGUGUGGCAUCGGCUUCACCAUCAUCCUCAGCGGCCUGCCCGUCUACUACUUCGGGGUCUGGUGGAAAAACAAGCCCAAGUGGCUUCUCCGUGGCAUCUUUUCCACGACGGUCCUUUGCCAGAAGCUCAUGCAAGUGGUGCCCCAGGAGACGUAA